UUCUCUCCUAGCUAGCUACUACGUACACCACAGCACGUAGUACGUUCUAGCUUCUUCUCCAGCUAAUUGCAGGUAUGGAACAGUCGAAUGUGAGGCUGCCUCAGCUGGCCAAGAUAGCCGCGCUCCUCCUCCUCUUCCUCCUCGUCCCCAUGGUGCCUCCUUCUCUGAGGGCCCCUUAUCUCUACCUCCUCUUCAACGCCCUCGUCGUCGGCCUUGGUGUCCAGGCCGGCAUCAUCUCCGUCUCAAGCCGGAGCAACCUAACAAGCCACCCUGCUGCUGUUGCUGACGCUGCUGCUGCUGUAACUCCUAACCACGAUCACCACCUUGUCACUUCACAGCCGCCGAUGACCAUGGCGGCACCCUUGCCGGGACGACUUAGGGAGGUAAAUCUGCUUGCAGAUCGUGGUGCUGUCAAGAACAUGGUGGGCGUGGCAAAGAAACUGAAGGAGACGAUCAGAAAAGUCCCGUCCAGGGCGAGCAUCUUCUUCAUCGGGAGCGUGGACCCCCGCGACGCCGGCGAGAUCGUGGAUGCGGCGUCGACGCUCCAGGACGAUCAGGCGGAGGAAGGGCGGAAAAGGUGGAAAAUAGACGGCUCCUCCGGGGAUCUCAUGAGCAAGCAGGAGCUUUACGCCAAGGCCGACGCGUUCAUCGGCAACUUCUACAAGCAGCUCAAGAUGCAGAGGGAGCAAUCGUGGAACAAGCUGCAGGACCUGUGCAGCUACCACCACCACAACUACAAGGCCAAGGCCUUCUAGGGUUUCUCGAUCUACGUGCGUAUCUAGAACCUAGAUGCAUGGCUAGCAUCUAUAUAUAUGUACAUGCAGAUACGCUAUGUGUUGGUACGUAGGGUAACUGUGCUGAGCAGUGGAAGGAGCCGAGAGGAACCAACAGAUAUUAUGAUGUUGGUUCCUCAAUUCUUACCUUCAUCCACCCAUUGAUUUGUUUUGGGUUAGAAGGUCAUAGGAGUUCUUUCCCCUGAAGACUGAAGUCAUACACACAAGUUAAUUAUAUCGGUCGUCUAUUUGUAAGUCGCCUGAAUUUCUCUUUCGUGUAACGGUGUAAGUCAUUUUUCUUUUCACUCCGUGCUAC